AGUUGCUAUUCUGCUAGUUAGAUGAUCUUAAACCUUGAUUUAAAUAUUGAUUAAUCAUAUAGGAACAUGCAGCAGUGCACACUAAUGGUUUGUGAAGAUAAAUGUGUCUUGUUCAUUGUAAAUGACAAAUAUGGCUAUAUAGCAUUUCCUCACUUAAACUACCACUUCAAAAGCAAUGUAAAAGGAAAAAUGAUUUAAAUUCCCCCUCCAAUCUUAAAACUUACUCUAGUGAUGCAAUGUGCUGACAAGAUCAAUGUUAAUCGAAUGCUGCUUCCAGGCAAUCACUAAAGGAAAACAUUUAUAACUAAUGUAGUCUCAUAUUCAGCUUUAAGGUUUGAAAGCUGAAUAUGAGAGUUUGGAUUAAACUUAAUGGUCAGAGGAAAAUGACAUUUCCACAAGUAAAAGUUCAAUAUUUUCUGCAAAUGUCACUUUACUUUUUUUGUUUCAUCCGGUAAAGCCCAGUGUAACCAUGCCACGUGGAAGAACAGCCACUAGUGCCCGUUCAGACAGCAGUGAGAUGGAUAUUGAUGGUACAGCAGAAUCAGAGAUAGCCAAACUGCAGAGACAGUUCAGGAUCAUGGAAGGAGAUCGGCAGGCCUACAACUUCCAAGCCCAGGAGCAGAUCCGCAAACAACAGCAGGAGAUAGAGAAGCUGCUGAAGGAGCAGGAGGACCUUCAUACAAACCUUGGUGCAUGUAAAAGCGUGUCACGCCAGCAGCAGGACAGUGAGGACACUCAGAGUCUUCGUGCUCUGCUGGAGCAGAGAGACAUGUUAGAGGAGGAGCUGUGGAAAGAGAAGCAGUGUCAAAAAGAGCUUGAAAAAGAGCAGAUUAAAAACACAGAGUUGAAGCUGGCAGAGUUGAGAAAAGGGGAGGUCGGCACUGGGGAUACACAAAAGUCUAAGUUACGGAGGACUCAGAAGGCCAUACACACUUUGGAAUACAAACUGGACAGAUCCUUGACUCGCUUCAAUGAGCAGCUGACCAAAAACAGCCACCUGAGAGAGGAGUUGCAGACUCUUCAUAUUGAGCGCAUCCGUUUCCAGCAACUCCACAACAAGCUGGACAAGGAACUUUACGAUGUCCGCAAGAAAAUCGGGGAAACUGUCAACUUGUCCAAUGUUGCCUAUGAUACCAGGUUGGAGGCCCAAUCCAAGUUGACCAUGAUGAGGGAGAAGGCAGUGAAGGACCUCGCCCAGUACAACACUGAGAUGAAGGAACUGGAGAGGGUUAUUGCACAAGAGUUCAGCCUGAAAGAGUUUAUGACCACCAAGUGCAGCGAGAGGAGUGGGCAGGAUGAGGGCCAUGAGAUGGGACACAAACAACUGUCAGAGAUGAAGGAGCAGAGGAGGAUGGACUCGGGGGAAGAGUCGCUGGACGCUCUAGAGGAGGUGUUUGAGAGGAUCCAAGCAGUGACAGGGGAGGACAACCUGGACAUGCUGGUCAGCAGGUUCAUCCAGGCUGAAGACCAGAACUUUGCACUCUUCAACUUUGUAAAUGAGCAAAACAAUGAGGCUGAGGCACUGAGAGAUCAGAUCAGCAAGACACAAGCAGAGAUACAGCAAUUUCGAGUAGCAGGUUUGCAACAAGAGCAGGAUCAUCGCUCUCUGCUGAAAGACAUCGAUGAGCAGCAAAAGGAAAGCGAGUCUCAAGCUGAGGACUAUGAAAACCAAGCCAGCAUCAUAAGCAAAAUCCUGGACGAGAUCAAAACAGGGGUGAACAGCAUCUUCUCUAAAAUGGAUUGCGACCGCUCAGUGAUGGAGGAUCUACUGGGCUCCUCUACAGGGAUCAGUGAGAACAACAUCAUGUCCUACCUGGGUCUGGUGGAACAGAAGACCAACGAGCUGCUCACCAUACAAGCUUUCCUCAAUUCUAAAGAUCUAGAAAAGGACUACAAUCCAAAAGAUCUGGCCAAAUUUCUUUUAGGUCAAAAUCCAGAGCUACUUCAGCAGAGCGUUAGCAUCCAACCUGCAAUCAACGGUGUGGAAUAUGAUGCAGAAGAGUCUCCUGUCACUGAUGAGGAAGAACGACCACUUUCACAGGGGGAACUUCGCAAGAGAAUAUUAAAAGGGGUUCUGCAGAAAGAGAGGUCAGUCCGGCAGGCAGCAACCAAAGCCUCAAAGAGUAGUCAGCAGUUUGACGACAGACGACGCUCGCUGGAGGACGCACUAAUCUGACACUUUGAGCUGAUGUUUAAAAUGGGAUCCUCGUCAUCUGCAUCUGAAGGGCCUGCUUUUAUUGCUAAGCAUAAUAUAGAUCCACGAAGGCCACGGCCGCUGAUGGAACCAGCCUGAUUGGCCAUUUUCAAAUGUUGCAGCUUGCACAUGUAAACAUUUAAAGCUUAAUUAUGUUAUGCAUGUCACCUUUUAUGAUGAAUCAUUGGCAUGGCCUGUUCAAUGCCUGCAUGUUGGUGUGAUUUGUUUUGUUGGAAAUAAUUAGGUUGAGAGCUAUAAAGAUGGCUUUUCGGAUUCUGGUAACCAGCUGUCCUUUUGAUGUGGGACUUGCCAUCUGGCUUUGACUAUGUAAUCUGGUUGCAGUACAACCCUCCCGCACUGGCAGCGUUUCAUUACAUGAUAGUUGCUGCUAUGCUGAAACGGAAAGGUUGGGGGCAGCAGAACCUUUUGUAAUUCUAAUUGGCUUGCUGAGCUCUUGAGUCUGUGUUUCCAAAAAGGACACGAGGAGCAUUUAGUGCUUCACCGUACACACAGAUUUUGAACACAUUUUUGUUGCUGGAAUAAUGCAGAUUUUUCUCAGAUGUGUUUUUGCCGAAUCAUGCUCAGAUGUAUGUUAUCAAAUCAGUGUCAUUAUUUAAAUAAACUGUUACCUUUCCAUUAAAUCAGUUAUCUGUUCAUACACCACAGUUAACACCAGCCACUCUUCAUGCUCAGUCAGCUACAUAUUUGUAGUUUAGGCUUACCAUAUCAUCUUCAUGUGUACCAGUAAUAUCAGGAGCGUCUGUCUCUCUUUUUUUUCGUUCAGUGUGGCUUGUAAUGUGCAAGGAUUUAAAAAAAAAACUUCACUUUGAUCCUCAGGAGUUUCAUGUCAUCUUAUCCAAACAUCCUGGGGCAAGCCUCUGGUUGGGAAAAGAUGGCAGUCACUGCUGCAGAGAGCAGCUUCCUCUGUCAUGAGAACAUUGGCACGGGGAACUUAUUUUAAGAAACAUAUUUUUUUAACUGUGAAACAAUUAACAAAGGGUGUUGCUAUAUUUAGCUUUAAAGGUCACCUUGAUGCCAUCAUAGCUUUUUUUAUGUAUCAUGGGCUGUUCAAGGAAAGAAUGAUUUGACAAGUGUACCUGUCCAAACAAGAAAGAGACAUAUCGGGCAUUAUGUUAACAAUCUAACUUGAGUUGUGUGGUUUUAAUUAGCUUAUCUGUUAAAGGUUAUUUUUCCGGUUUUGACAGCAGCGAUUUUUGGGAAGUGAAACUGUUACUCUGUAAACCUUUAUGACCGAUUGACCAAUGACUUGGUCUGCUCAGGAUAAUCCUCCUUGCAGUCUCAACUGUGUGGCUAUGAAAACAGAUUAUCAGAGAUAAAAGAGUGCUGUGGAAAGACAGACGGGUGGCGAUGGUGGGAGAUGAGAUGGAGGAGGCUGCUUUCUUUGAAAUUCUACUCUCACUUAGCCCCCUCCACUCCCGACAAACGCUCUGUGCACACGGCUCUCUGCAUUGCCAUAGAAACCUUCCUUUUAAUCACAACAGAAACCUCAUUUCCUACUCCUGACAAAAGAGUCCUCAUUGCCUGUAGAGACCGCCUGCAUCAGCCAUUUCCAAGGCCCGCCUCCUUCUGCAGGCUGUACCUACCAGCAGCAGCUUUAUUUACC